AUGCCGCGCUCCUUCCUGGUGGACUCGCUGGUGCUGCGGGAGGCGGGCGAGAAGAAGGGGGAGGGCAGCCCUCCGCCACCGCUCUUCCCCUACGCCGUGCACCCCUCGCAUCCGCUGCCAGGGCUGCCGGCCGGCGCCUGCCACGCUCGCAAAGCCGGGCUGCUCUGCGUCUGCCCGCUCUGUGUCACCGCCUCCCAGCUGCACCCGCCGCCGCCCGCUAUCCCCCUCAUCAAGGCUUCCUUUCCUCCCUUCGGCUCCCAGUACUGCCACUCGCCCCUGGCCCGCCAGCAGCACUCCGUCUCCGCAGUCAGCGUCGGGCACGCACCGGCGCUCUACCAGGGCGCCUACCCACUGCCCGACCCCCGGCAGUUCCACUGCAUCUCCGUGGACAGCACGUCCAGCCAGCUGCCCAGUAGCAAGCGGAUGCGCACCGCAUUCACCAGCACGCAGCUCCUGGAGCUGGAGAGGGAGUUCGCCUCCAACAUGUACCUCUCCCGACUGCGGCGAAUCGAGAUCGCCACCUACCUGAACCUCUCCGAGAAGCAGGUGAAGAUCUGGUUCCAGAACCGACGGGUCAAGCACAAGAAAGAAGGCAAAAGUAGCUCCCACCGGGGCGGGGGGGGUGGCCACAGCUGCAAAUGCUCGUCCCUUUCCACCACUAAGUGCUCGGAGGACGACGAGGACUUGCGCAUGUCUCCGUCCUCCUCGGGGAAGGACGACAGAGGUCUCGCAGUCACCCCCUAACCACCCGCGCACCCACCCCGG